CUGGGCAGCAGCAGGGGUCUGGACAGCGGGAGGAGGGAGAAAACCAAAGAAAGGACAAAAUGAAACUGGAUGGGCUGAGGGGUGGAGGGUAGGCAAAAUGAAAAAAGAGAGGGAUACAGAGGGGAGAUAGAGGGAGGAACCGAACCAGACAGCCAAGCGAGGCAGAGAAAAAGGGGAGGGAGCAAAGAAGGUUACCUCAUCUAGAACUGUACACACGGUACAGGGGAGAAGUUGUGGGAAAGUAAACAGGACAGGAGAAUACCACUCUGUGUUCAGCCACUUGCAGCCCUCGCAGGGGACUAUAAAGAUGAGUGAGCUGGAGCUGCAAGUGUGGUAAAAGCUCAGAGUUUAUGGGAGGCUACCAGGAUUAAAAGGUCAUCAGGGAGUGCCUGAAGCUUCUCGGAGGACACACUACUGAGGACAAGGAGAGAUCAUGUCUACUAUGAUGUCCCAGCAAUUACCGAAAGAGGAUGAAGAGGAUGAUGAUGAGGAGCAAGGGGAAGAGUUUGAGUUUGAUGACAGUACAGAUGAAGAUAAACUUCAGGAUGACAGUAAAGCCAUGACAGAGUGUGUCAGACCUGUCCAAGCAUCAAAAAAUGGGGACAACUUGACAUCAGGUGGUGCAUCACAAACAUUUACUGACAGCGCGCAGCUUCCUACAACCUCACCUUCUGCUGGACCAGACAGCAUCGUCACCAAGGAUCCGGCUUCAAUUUCUACUACAGAUGUUCCAGUUACUGAGUCACCCAGCUGGGCCUCGGCAGCGGCAGAUGAGCCCAGUACUUCAGUUCCUUGUGCAGGAGAGGAGCUCCAGGGGCUUCCUGUGGCACCGUCAGCUGUGGAGUCCCCGGUCGAUUCGGGAGACCACAGAAAAGAAACCGUCAAGGAAGGCUCGAGGGGCAUCUCUGAAGCUUUAUCUGCGACUGAAACCGACCCGCAGACAGCCGAGGCUUCCGAGGUGAUCUAUGAUGACGUUCCAAGCGAAGAACCCCUCUCUCCUGAUGAAGACAUGAUCUACGAAGAUGUUCAGAGAGACGGCGGUCCUCUGGAGGCAGACAACGGAUGGAGCUCCAGUGAGUUUGAGAGCUAUGACGAGCAUUCUGAUAACGAGGCCAAACUGCCAACAAAGAGCAAGCUCUCUCCUGAAAUGCAUCGGCUGAGGGAACGGUGCGCCUGGACCAAACGGGAACUGGCUAUGAGGCUGUCUGGAAAACACAACUAUGACAUCAAGGUUCAGCAGCUCAUGAAGGCUGCGAGAAGCGGAACGAAGGAUGGGCUUGAAAGGACUAAAAUAGCCGUCAUGCGAAAAGUUUCCUUCCUGCAGAGAAAAGAUCAAUUGGCUGCAGAAGAGGAAGAUGAUGCAGGAUAUCUGGAUGUGGCUGUGUCAGAAGUGAAGCAUCCUCCCCCACAACUGAGCCCGAUGCCAGAGGGUCUGACUAGCCACCAGGUUGUCAGACGCCAUAUCCUUGGCUCCAUCAUUCAGAGUGAGCGCAGCUAUCUGGAAUCUCUUAGGAGAAUCUUGCAGGAGUACCACAGACCACUGAUGGAAGCUGAUCCACGCAUCCUGAGCCCACGGAAAAUCCGUCCUAUAUUUUACCGAAUCAGGGAGAUCACCCAGUGCCACUCCAUGUUUCAGAUUGCACUGGCGUCACGUGUGGCUGAGUGGGACAGCACGGAGAAAAUCGGAGACUUAUUUGUUGCCUCGUUUUCCAAGUCCAUGGUGUUAGAUGUAUACAGUGAAUAUGUGAACAACUUCACUAAUGCCAUGGCUCUCAUUAAAAAGGCGUGCAUGUCCAAACCAGCUUUUCUGGAAUUCCUAAAGAAAAAGCAGGCGUCAAGUGUUGACCGGAUCACUCUGUAUGGCCUGAUGGUUAAGCCCAUUCAACGAUUCCCUCAGUUCAUUUUGCUCCUGCAGGACAUGCUUAAGAAUACACCGAAGGGCCACGUGGAUCGCCUGCCCCUGCAGCUUGCCCUUACAGAGCUGGAGAUGCUGGCUGAGAAGUUGAAUGAACAGAAACGAGUGGCUGACCAGAUUGCAGAGACUCAACAACUAGCCCGCAGCGUUAGCGAUCGCCUUCUCAGUAAGCAACUGAACUCGGAGCAGGGGUCACUCGUCCUUUGUGAGACGCUUAUUGAGACUGUGUACGGCGAGCGGGGACAAGUCCUGAAGUCGAAGGAGAGAAAGGUCUUCCUCUUUGAUGAUGUACUCAUCUGUGCCAACAUAAAUGUCAAAGGGCCUCCAGAUAUCAGCAGCCUUGUCCCUGUCGGCCCCAAGUACACAAUAAAGUGGAGCGCCCCCUUACAACAGGUGCAAGUAGUAGAGGUUGGGCAGGAGGGCUCUCAAAGCAAAGACACCUUGUUCCAGCAGAGCAGUGCUAAGAGGACAAGUGGCGCCUGCACUUCAGGUAAAGCAGCUCUGGGCCCUCCACGGCUCUACCAGGAGCUGCAAGAGCUACAGCAUGACCUUUCUGUUGUGGAAGAGGUCACUCUGCUUGUGGGUACAUUGCAAGGGACAUACCAGAACCUCAACACCACUGUGGCCCAGGACUGGUGUCUGGCUCUGCAGAGGCUUAUCCGCAUCAAAGAAGAGCAGAUCCAGAGUGCUAACAAAUGUCGCUUACGCCUGCAGGUGCCCGGCAGGCCAGACAAGUCGGGGCGUCCUGUCAGUUUUAUGGUGGUCUUCAACACUCCUAACCCCCUUAGUAAGAUCUCUUGGGUCAACCGUCUGCACUUGGCCAAGAUUGCACUACGAGAGGAAAAUUCACCAGGCUGGUUAUGUGGAGAAGAUGAAGGGAAGACGACGGCCCCCUUUUGGUAUCCACUGCUUGCCUGUCACAUGUCUGUCUUUGCUACAAAAUCACCAGAGAGAAAGCUUGAAGCUGCUCUCCACAAUCCUGUUCACUGUGCACUGUUGGGCUUCUCUGCAGCAAGUACAUCCUUACCUCAAGGAUACCUCUGGGUGGCCGGUGGAGCAGAAGGUUCCCAAGGACAGAUAGAGAUAUUUUCCCUCAACAGACCCCUGCCACGGGCUGUGAAGAGUCUGCAGGUGGAUUCUCCAGUCCGAUGUCUUGAAUAUGUGCCGCUACCUUCUCCGACAGAGGAAUCGGAGGCCGGAGUUCACAAAGUACCCUCAGCGAUGGGCUCCAAUAUUUGUGUUGGGUUAGAUGAUGGCCGAGUGCUGGUCUAUGGGAGUGUGGACACUGCAGCACAAUGCUUACUGACCCUCCAUAACCCAGAGGGGUGCCCCGUGCUCUGCCUGAAGCACUCCUCCCGCUUCCUGUUUGCAGGACUGCGGAACGGAACCAUGAUGGUUUAUGGAAGGAAUAACAGUGAUGAUCUUUGGGACCCUGAAUCCCGUAGAUGUGUGAGCCUGGGUUCAGAGCCAGUUCGGACCCUGCUGGUGCUGGAUGACUCGGUGUGGGCGAGCUGCGGGAACUCUGUCACAGUCAUGGAAAUCUCCAGCUUCAACACACAGAAGUUUGAAGUUCAUCCAGACCCAAUGGUCAGUGUCGCCCACAUGGCGUGUGCUGGCGGAGGGGUGUGGAUGGCGUUCUCAGAGGGUUCCUCCAUUCGUCUCUUUCACACUGAAACGUUGGAACUUCUGCAGGAAAUCAACAUCUCAACACGCUCAACGCUGCUGAACACCGGUCAGAAGAGCAUGCGAGUCACAAGUCUUCUAAUUUGCCAGGGGCUGUUAUGGGUGGGCACAGCCCAAGGUUUAAUUAUCACUCUUCCAGUUCCCAAACUGGAGGGCAUCCCCAAAAUAACAGGAAAGGGAAUGAUCUCAUUAAACGCCCACUGCGGGCCUGUGGACUUUUUGGUUGCCACCACGAGCUCGCUGUCCCCUGAACUGCUAAAGAGGGAUUCUGUUGGGGAUAGCCCAGACUCUGCAUGUGGAGGCGAGGACCGCAGUGACACCUCCUCUCAGGAAUCCCUGCAGCCAUCCGGCUCCUACCAGGGAGAGGGGAGAGGCAAAGGACGUGGUGUUCUCCUGCAGUAUAAGCUGCGCUCCACAUCAGGACUACCCGGACGGCCGUUAACGGCACUGGGCGACGAGGCGUCAGACUCCUCGCUGGAGUCUUUAGAGCACAGCGUGGAAGACGGAUCUAUCUAUGAGCUCAGUGAUGACCCAGAAAUGUGGGUCCAGGGACGUACUUGUCAGAGGGAUGGGGGCCGCAGGGACAGGGUGAUCUCUGCGGCAGUUAUCUCUGGAGGAAAAGGUUUUCGCAGACUGAAGGAAGGAGCAGCAGCAGGUACUAGGACAAGUGGGGAGGGUUUAGAGAAUAUACUUAUGGUAUGGCAGCUCCCACUGACAGUGUGACAUGGAAAAUAUGUGUCAAACUUAUGUGUAUUCAUAGAUUCCUAACUAGCUUAGGCUUGAAUCCCCUGCUCCAUAAAUUCCAUACAUUUGAGUAUAUGAUGAGAAGGUGGUGCUUCUGUUCCAGAGCAUGGCAUCUUAUGAUUUAGCCUGUGAAAUAAGCAGGCUAAGACAUGCUGCUUAUGAGUCAACCCAUAGGAUGCUUUGAAUGUUCAGGAUGUGAUCGGCCCAGCAAUGGCACAGGCCACUGCAGAUUAGCUCUGUUCUGUGCCAUUGUUUUGAACAGCUUCCUGCCUUAGUUAAGAUUGAUAUGCCACAGUUUAACCUCAUCAUUGCUACGUGUGCCGUGCCACAUUUAUUUUGUGCGAAGGAUUUCUGUGUGAGCACCCAUGGACAGCAUGCCUUUGAGAGGCAGUCUUUGUGGAAUCUGCCAUGCUCUGCAGAGUUAGAAAUGGACGUCUUUUAUCUGAUCCUGUGGGAGAGAUCCCAUCUGUUUAGAGCUGAAAGCCGGGGACUACCAUCGCAUCACAAAGCACAUUAGCAUCACUUUAUAAGCUUUGCCAGCCUUUUUCUCAUCCCAUACAAUGUGAAUGUACGAUACCAUGUAUUGUAUCUCAAAACUGAAUAGGUGCUCUCUGAUAAAAAAGAAAAGAAGAAGAAGAGAAUGUAAUUUUUCUUAUUUUGUUGCAGGUGUUGCAAAAAUAAUUUUUGGUUCUUAGAGCUUACUUUGCCUUUAUUAAGGAGAGUCAUGUUCGUACAAUGUGGGGGGGGGAAAGGUGAUUUGGAAAACUACUUGAUGAGAGUCACAGAUGUUAAUACUCUACAUUGCAUAAUCUAUGAUUGCACUGCAAAAUGAUGCAAUUAUUACACUUUUAUUUGAUCAAAUGUAACUUUUCAGUGCCAGGGCAGAGUAUUAUCUUCCCGCAGUACCAUAAAUACCAGAUAUGUGUUUCAUUAGUCACUGGCAUCUAUCGGCAUAAUUAAACAAAUGUGCACACAGGUUUGUGAAUACUCUGCUCACAUUAGUUGGAAGCCCCAGUCACGCAUUCAGAGUCAGACUCGAGCGAAUGAUGAAAUGAAAGUGCUGCAGCCAUCUAAACGGCUGUCAGCUGUGUGCAAAUACAAAUGUACGUUUACAGGACCAUUAAUUUCAGUAACAGAAGAUGAUACUGACUAAAUACGUUCUAAUACAUAAUAUUACAGUUACAGUAUAAUUAACAGAUGGUGAUGAUGAUGAUGUAUAUUACCAGUGAUAUCAGUCAGGACUUUAAGUCAUGGAGAACUUUUCUUACGUCCUUCUGUUUUGCUAAUGUUCUGUAAAUAUUUGGAGCUUCAUCCAAACAUUUUAUCCAUAAUAUUUUAUAAUCGGGAUAUGAAGAUGUCCAUCAGCAGCUUGUCGAUCCCGAUGGCAAGAAACCUUAAAAUUAACUCUCUGGUGGUUAUCGUGUCUUUAGAGUAGUUGCAAGGUUUACGUAAUAUGCCUUUAACCAGAAAAAUAUAUUAAAACAAUUUUUUUUAAAUAAAUAAAUUAGCAUAAUGAACUAUAAGGGCGCUCACUAGAGCGCAUAUUUCUCCCAGUACAGAAUCCUUUUACUCAAUGCUGGUGCCAGAUCGUGAUCCAGAUCACCACCAAAAUGUAAUCGAAUGUUCCUUGUACCACCCUCGACAGAUCGACAGACGCUACUGAAAACAUGACCCCCCCUCCACCUAUCAGUGGGCGAGGUAAUUAUGUCAAAUGUGGUGUCAUCAGAGUACAUACCUAUUUUUAAACCCGUGAGCAGUAUGAGAAGCAUCCAGUGGUACUGUGUGUAGCAUUUGAAAGGUUCUCCUUUAAAAUGUCUUAAAAAAACACACAUUGGCAGACAAACAUGGACUUUCGAUCACGGAGCAAACUAAAUCAAGAGGUACUUACUUUACAACGCACAUUUUUCACAGUGUGCUGGCACAGUAGGUGGAGGCCACACAAGUAUCCAACUAUGAACAGAGCUUUGUUGAUUUUCAAUAAACCUAGCAAUGGUUAAGGUUAUGGUAUAUCAUUUUUCUCCACCUCUACUCUACUUAGCUUUUCUACCACACAUGGAUUCUCAUCUUAUCCCUUUAUCACAGAAGCAUGAAGUUCAUGUUUUGUAUUUCCCUGAGGCACACCAAGGUUUAUUCUUUCUUUUUCUUCUGCUCCUCUCAAGUGAGGUUCAAAAAUCGUUUUAAAGAUCCUGCUGUCAACCAGAAUCAUUCAGGAAAAAGAUCAAAUAAAAUAAAAUGAUGUAAACUGUCCUCGGAUGCUGUCGUCUAAAUGUAAAUCUCAGUGUCUCAUCAGAAAUGUAUAUUUUAAUUCAUGUGAGAUUCAAUGCUGCUGAAGGCACAGUACCCCCAGUAACUGUAGGGAUUGUUCAUUCAAGCGUUUUUAGGGUUAUUUUUUUGCCUCGACUGAGAGGGAAGAGACGGGAAAGAUGGAUGGAAUCAAACCAUUAGCAUUGCAGUUUUUUGGCAUGUUCUGUAACCAUUUGGCUACGGUGACAUUUGUUUAAUCAGAGCAUAAUGCAUUCUAUAUAUAUAUAUAUAUAGUACCAGUCAAAAGUGAGUGUGUCCAAACCUUUGACUGUUGGCAUUAUUAAGCUGUUUCAUUGGCUUAUCCACCAACAGUUUAAUAUCAAAUGUCAACCUUGACAUUUCAUUUGCUUAUGUUAUUUGCCUGCAGGUAUUAUCCAUGCACUGAAUGUUAAUACUCAAGAAUGAACAUAUGUAUUACUAAUUAGAACUCCUACUGUACUAAACCUAUUCCAUUUUAAAUAGAGGACUGCAACUCUGCUGAUGUUUGAAAUCAGACUCUAUAAGUCGCAGUUUACACAAUAUUUUUUUCCUGUGGUGUUAAAGUGUAAUUAAAAGACCUGUAUUUGUAGAUUUGACCAUGAUUUCUCUGAGUUAUGAUAACAUUUACUCAAAACUUAAAUGCUGAGAUCUGACAACAUGGCGACACUACUGAAAGUAAGACGGGCAGGGUAAGAAGUCUCUGUUGUAAACAUCCAUGAGAGUCCCCAGACUUUGACCUACUGUAUUUGAUGUAGCUGUACACACAAUUUUCCUGUGCAGUGAAGCAUUAAUACAGCCAUAAAAGAUGCAUUCACCUUAAGUUCCUCCUCUUAGAUUUGUUGGCUUAUUUACAGGCUUCAUUGUCACAUAGUUCCCAGAUCUCAGCUGCUCACAGAGUAUUAUCAUGGCUGAUAGAAAUGGUGCAUCAGUAAGGUCUGAAAAGAGAUGAACCAGAAUACUUUAAGUAAUAAUAUUGCACUUAAAGUUGCCACAAGCAUAUGGGAAAAUGCCUGUUUCCUUUUGCUGCAGUACUUAAAUGUUAAAUGUCAAUUUACAUUGUCUAAUA